AUGUCGGAGCAAGUGUGGUCUUGGAAACAUACCCGAGAAGGCCGGUCACCAUCGCCGGCCGAUGCGUCUCGUGCUUCUCGUGUCAAUGCCAAGCGCUACGGCACAGGGGAUUCUCAUUGUUAUUUGCGACGCCAGCUCCAUUUAGGAGAUAUUUGCAAUACCCAGGACGAAACUGACGACAGCAGCACGGCAGAAAUUGCGGCUAACGCCCCGCGAUACCGGCGCAAGAGCAGCACAUUUAUUGAUGGUAUCCAUGAUGUCGCCGAGGAAGGUGACAGGGCUCCAGCCCAGCUGUACAGCACCAUGUCAGGGAGACUCUUUCAUUCUGGCCGUAUUGCGAUUGUAAUGGUGGGACUUCCUGCUCGAGGCAAAACCCAUAUUUCCGUAUCUAUGGCUCGAUAUCUUCAAUGGUUGGGAGUCAAGACACGCAUUUUCCAUUUGGGCGACUACCGACGCGCAACUGUCGGUGAAAAGGGGGACGUGCCUGAGGACUACUUCUUCCCCAAUGCCUCUCCGGCUUCGGUCAUGCUGCGUCAAAAGAUUCUUAAGAAGUGCCGCGAAGACAUAUAUGCCUGGCUGAACCACGAGAAUGGGCAAGUUGCCAUAUACGACGCUGUAAACCCAACGGCAAGUGGUCGCAGGUCUCUGGCUAAAGAAUUUGCAAAGCACGACGUCCAAACCUUGUUCCUCGAAUCUUACGUCGAUGACGACAAGCUUCUUCGUGAGAAUGCUCGAAAUGUCAAGAUUAGUUCCCCCGACUUCGAUGGCAUGGACCCUGAUGAUGCCGCCAUGCUUUACCUUCGCCGCAUCGAAAUGAAAAUUCCCACCUUCGAGACUAUGGCUGAAAACGAGCUCAAUUACAUCAAGAUGAUCAAUGCCGGUCAAACGUUCUUUUACAACAACGUCUCCUUUAACUACCUCUCUCACCGUAUAGUGUUCUACCUCACCAAUACUCACAUCAAAAGCCGCACGACUUUCUUCGUACGGGCUGGCUCAGCCACCGAAGAGGACUCUUACAAGGCCGAUGCUCCACUCUCCCAGGAGGGCGUCAACUACGCACGUAUCAUGUCGGACACCCUCCUCCGGCACCGCGAGAAAGAGCGUGCCGACCACAUUGCUUCCGGAGGGCCCGAUAUGCCACUCAGACCCCUGACUGUUUGGACAAGCACUCGGCUGCGCACAUUGCAGACGUCGGAGCCAUUCAAAGAGCGCGGGUACAAGGUGCGCCAACGCAGCCAGAUGUCGCAGAUUAACCCAGGUGUAUGCGAGAAGCUAGCGGAACGUGCAAUCCGCCGUCUUUAUCCCGAAGAAGUGGAGAAACACGGCAUGGAUCCAUACCACCACCGCUAUCCGCGUGCGGAAUCAUACCACGAUCUCGCCGUUCGCCUGGAGCCCAUUAUUCUCGAGCUCGAAAGAGAGCAGAACGACCUUCUCAUCAUCGCACACGAGUCGGUGCUCCGAGUAUUAUAUGCCUACUUGAUGCACUGCAGCACCAGGGAUAUCCCGUCACUCAAGUUUCCGCGCAAUGAAAUCAUUGAAAUCAUCCCGGCCGCGUAUCAGAAUGAAGCGAAGCGGAUCCACAUCCCAGGGCUGGAUCCCAGGACCGUGGCAGGAAGUCCCGAAGAUAUUCGAAUCCCGGUGGCCAGUAUUCCCGGCAGUGGGACCGACAGCCCGGCGCCGUUUCCAGAUGGACUAGGAAGUCCCGCGGAGCCUGUCGUCUCCAUAUACGAGAAGCCGCCAGAGAAGAUUGUCAGCACGGCUGCUGAUGCGGUUAAAAAUAGACUGACGGAUGAGGAUUGA